GGAGGGUGCGUAGGGGUGGCAGGCGAGGGUGGAGGAUGCAGAAGGGUGGUGGCCGAGCAGGGAGGACGCGCAGGGGGGUGGGUGAGAAGGCGGAACUGGCUUUUUUCAUUAAUUGCAAAAUAACAAAAAUGCAAAUAAAAAUCGCCGGUCAGCGAAUUCAUAGAUAAUGAGCGGAGUCAAAUUAUGUGCAGUUAGUGUUCAGCGUCGGCCGCGAGCACACGACCUCAACAUGGACAAGCAUCGAAGGCACUUUCACGAUUCGAGCCCCGAGUGCGGUCCGACCCGCGGGGAGACCAUGCGACACGUGCUGCGACGCAUUAUGCCCAACCCCAGUUCUGUGUGUCAGUGGACUUUGGAGAAGACGUGGGACCUCAAAGGCGCAACCAACAAACGUUUAACGAUUGGAUUGGACGCCACCCGAAAAUUCCACGUGUAUGCUACCAUCACAGGAAACAGUGGGCUAGGUGUGCACCUCUCUCUACCCGAGCUCAAGUAUUUGCUCAGCGAAGAGUGUCGCAAGAGAGUUAUGGGCCAUUUUAAGGUUCCGCAGUCCCCUGGAACAUGCCACAUUGUUGGAAACUGUGCUUUUCACUGUGUAAAAAAAACAGAGGAUUCGCCGGCCCUCAAGAUAUCACGUUCGGACGGACAUCAAUUCCAUACUACUCUCGGCAUUAUAUCGGCCUCCAGGAUGUAUGAGCUGAUGCCCAUGUUGUUGCAUUUCGUAGCAAUAUUGGAACGCGAGGCAAUUAAGGUCGAAGAAUGGCUACUGUGUGCCAUAGCAAAUGUAAAAGAAGACGCGUCUAAAAUGGGAAUAGGCACCAUACGUUCUGAAACAAACGCACAACAGGCUGUUUAUAAAUCGGGACUCUCUCUGGUCUCCGAAUGCGCCCCAUCAAGCAAUCGCAAAACUGAAUUUCAAUUGGAUAUGUUCUUCCGCCAUAAUGUACUCAUGAGUAGAAUGGCGUACGAUUUUCUUGAAUUAUUCAUGUAUUAGCCAAUGUAUUAAUGGAUCUGGAAUAAAAGAUGAAACGAGAUGUA